CAUGGUCCAUGCCCAUGUGCACAUGACCCCUCCUAUGUUCAGAGCUUGUGCUUGCCCCUUGGCAUGGGGGUGUGAUCCAUUAGAGAGAGACAGGAAAAUAAAAAUAAAAAUGAUGGCAACAGCUCCUGGAAAAUGCUUCCUGGUCACCGGCCCUCCGGGUGUAGGUAAAACCACACUGAUAAUGAGAGUGUUUGAAACCCUCAAAACCUCAAACCCCACCUUGAAAAUUCAAGGUUUUUACACUAGGGAGAUUAGAGAAGGGAUUGAGAGGGUUGGCUUUGAAGUUGUCACUUUAGAUGGACGCAAAGCCCCUCUUGCCUCCACCACCAUUUCUACCCCAGAGUCUAUCAGAUGGCCCACAGUUGGGAAGUAUAAAGUAGACAUUGCAUCAUUUGAGGCUCUGGCAUUGCCUGAGUUGCAGAUUAAAGAAGAUACUGAUCUAUUCAUCAUCGAUGAAGUUGGCAAAAUGGAGCUGUUUAGUUCAUCAUUCUUUCCUGCUGUUCUAAAAGUUCUUGAAUCAAAUAUCCCACUUUUGGCUUCUAUACCUAUUCCAAAAUUUGGCCGUGAUAUACCUGCAGUUGCAAGGUUGAGGGAUCAUCCAGGGGCUAAAAUCUUCACUUUAAGCCCGAGUAACAGGGAUGCUGUCAAAGAACAAAUUUACACCCAACUUGUAGAUUCUGAGUAAACACUAGAUGCAGCAUGGAUUAUGGAGCUAUAACUUAUUCAAUGUCCCUGACUCUUGCAAGCUGCAUACGUUGUGAUCAAACUUUAUGUAGCUGAAAAUAUAUCCUUUAAAUGAGGUGGCAAACUGCAUCUGGUGACCGGGAGAAGCAUUAGAGUUGCGAAAAUUUAAUUUGCAAAAAUUUGACUUUGUCAAGAUGUUUCUCGUGAAAACUGUGCUUUCAUUUUGUCUCGUGUUGCGACUAUCUGGUUUCGUGAUAGAUGAGCUCUGUUUCCCUGUUAAA